CGCGAUUAUCAUCUAGAUUAUCAUCAUCUCGCUGCAAACCAACCUAUCCACAAACCUGACCAUGCCAUUGAGGCCAUUCCGCCCUCCUUCAAUAUGCUGGUCGUGUCGCCACCAACUCCAACUCACAACCCCAGUCUACGGCAACCUCCACCAACGCUCCUAUGUCCGCCAUAGCGUCGCACCACGGCCCUCCCCCGACAUCAAACACAUCCGCCGCAGCCCCGGCCUCUACUCCCAAAACUGCGUCGACCGAAAUUACCCGUCCCUCGCGCCCCUUCCAUUCGAGAUCAUCGCCCACUUCGACCGACUGAACGCCAUCGGCAAAGCCGCCCGACCCCUCCGCGAGCGCGCCAAAGCCCUCCGCACCACCCUCGCCAAGGCGGCGUAUCUCUCGGGCGACGUCGCACCGUAUGGACGGACAAAAGAGCAUGUCGAUGCGGUGCAAGAGGCGGGGGCACAGCAGGCGACGCUGCUCGAGGAAGCGCGGGAGGUGAAGGCCCAACUCGACGAGAUCGAGCGGGAGGAAGCGGCGUUGAAUGACGGGAUCGAGAACAUGGCGCUCCAGUUGCCGAAUCUGAGCUCCACGGAGACGCCGGUGGGGAGCGAGCCGAUCGUGUUGGAGACGCAUGAGCCGGAUCCGGAGGAUGUGGUGCCGUCGACGAUCCGGCGCACGCAUGCGGAGAUUGGCGCGGAGCUGCGGCUGAUGGAUUUCACGUCGGCGGCGUCGACGUCUGGGUGGGGGUGGUAUUUCCUUACGAACGACGGCGCGUUGCUGGAACAAGCGCUGGUGCAGUAUGCGCUCGAAGUCGCUAUGGAGCACGGGUUCCGCAUCGUCACGCCGCCGAGUCUGGUGUACUCGCACAUCGCAUCGGCAGCGGGCUUUCAACCGAGAGAUCAGAAUGGCGAAACGCAGAUGUACAACAUUCAGCAGGCGGAGAAAGAUCGGAAUAAGCCGAGCAUGGUUCUCACAGGCACGGCGGAGAUCCCGUUCGCGGGGAUGAAGGCGAAUACCAUUCUAGAGGACACAGAUUUGCCCGACAAGGUCGUCGGAGUGAGCCGAUGUUACCGUGCCGAAGCGGGAGCCAGAGGUGUAGAUACCAAGGGGCUAUAUCGUGUACAUGAGUUCUCGAAAGUAGAACUCUUCGGAUGGUGUCUACCCGACGAGAACUCCAAUCACACUCCAGUCGGAAAGAAGGGCAUCUCCUCUGACUCGACACCCGAGUCGGCGCCCAAUUCUACUGGAAGAUUUUCCACCACGUCGAGCGAUGCUGACAACCAGUUUGCGUUUGCAACCACCAACUACUCCCACGCCGGCCAGCUUUUCGACUCCAUCCUCGCCGUCCAACGCGAGAUCCUCUCCUCCCUCUGCCUUCCCUAUCGCGUCCUCGAACAACCCACCCAGGAUCUCGGCGCCUCUGCCACCCGCAAGAUCGACAUGGAAGUUAUAUUCCCCUCCCGACGACGACAUCCUACCUCCAGUGCCACCGACCAAUCGUCCCCGAAAGGCAGCGAGGAUGACGGUUAUGGAGAGGUCACUUCGGCGUCACUUUGUACCGACUACCAGACUCGGCGACUGGCUACGAGAGUCCGCAUGCCGAUGCCAAUGGGAAAGACGACGACGUUUCCUCACACGGUGAAUGGGACGGCGAUGGCUGUUCCGCGGGUGUUGGCUGCUAUAUUGGAGCAUGGGUGGGAUGAGAAGAGGAGGGCGGUGAGGAUACCGGAGGUGUUGCAGAAUUGGAUGGGUGGGAGGGAAUGGAUUGAUGGGAAGAGGUAGAGUAUUGUAAGAUAGGCCCUCUGCAGAUUAGGUAUUUUCUCGCCUUGGAUAUAUUAUCUCUCGAUGUAUGUAUAUUGUAUAUUCGUGUAUCUACAAGGUUUCUAUUAGACCUGUUCAUAUGGACGACACUCUUACAGUCAACAAAGUUGUUGAAGCUAGCAGGAAUCCAAGACAUCAUCUCGA